UAUGUUUGAUUUAUUUGAAUUUUGUGGAAAAUGUGAUAUUAAGAAAUGUUAAUGCGAUACUUUUUGCUUGAUCAAGAAAGUUAUUAAGGUUGUGUAAAUGCUGAGUUUCUGUUUUUACCCAUCCUUAGGAGAAUAUUUUCUUCAUAAUAAUUUUUCUUUCUUGGCUCAAUGAUUCAGGCUAAGGUUGCAUCUAAAUAUAAAACCUUCUAAUAAUUCUGCUGUAUUUAAUUGUUGGUUUGCUCUUUUAUUAGGUUAUGGUCUCUGCAAAGGAGGAGCCGGAUGUCACUAUUCCUCCUGCUAUGGAUGGUUUGUUAAGGGUUCAUAAACGUAUCAUUGAUGCUGAAACUGAUCCAAAUCAUGCCGCAGCUGGUGGAAUUGUUUGCACAAGGCUACUUGUGGCAGCCACGCAAGCUGGAAGCUUGAUUGGGAAACAGGGUGCCACUAUUAAGUCUAUUCAAGAUACUUCUCAUUGUACAAUUCGAGUGCUGGGAGAAGAAAACCUGCCAGUUUUUGCCAUACCAGAUGAUAGUGUUGUUGAGAUACAAGGAGUGUCUACAGGAGUGCACAAAGCAGUUGAAUUGAUUGCUACCCAUCUCAGGAAAUUUUUGGUUGACCGUAGUGUUAUUGGAAUAUUUGAAAUGCAACCCGUUGUUAAGCCUAGUGGGUUGGAAAUGAUCUCUCAAUGGUGUAGACAUGAAAAAGCACAUUAUGAUCAAAAUGUUAUUUCCUCUUCCCUGAUCAGAUGCAAAUGCCGAAUGCUCGAGCAAAUCAGAACAUGCCCCCACCCCAAUCCUGGGGCCCUCCUCCUCAAGUGGACCUGGUUUGUGCCCAAUCCUCCAUAUAUGCAGCCUCCACGUCAAUUUGACAAUUACUAUGCACCAGCAGACAUGCCUCCUUUAGACAAGCAGCCUCGUCAGGGUCCACCUGCUUUUGGCAGAGAUGCAUCUAUGGGAGCUCAUACGACAAGUAUGCAGCCGCAGCAGUCAAUGGUCACAAAGGUCUCGCAGAACAUGCAAAUUCCUCUGUCGUAUGCAGAUGCUGUUAUUGGCACCUCUGGCUCAAAUAUUAGCUAUAUUCGUCGUGCCAGUGGUGCAACUAUUGCAAUACAGGAAACAAGGGGUGUUCCUGGGGAGAUGACUGUUGAAAUAAAUGGAUCUGCAUCGCAAAAUUUUAUUGCUGAUGCUGCCAGUGCUGCACAAAACCCUGCCGGUGGGCCACCUGGUCAAGGCUAUAAUUCAUAUCCUUCUCAUGUUCCUGUUUAUGCAUCUCCGCCAUCUAAUGCUACUGGUCAUACUGGCCAUGCACCUGCUGGAGACUAUGGUUCUGUCUAUGGAGCCAACUAUGGUUAUUGAAGAAGCUGACAUCUAAUCUUUUAGACAGGUGAAUAACACUUUGGGGCAACUGAAGAUACUUGAUGUCUGAAGAUCCUUGAUUUUUGGAGUUCCCCAAAGUGUGAUCACAGAAUCGAAGUUGUUUAACUGAGAAUGUGUUCCAAAUGUUUGGUUCAAGAAGGGUAGUUUGGUAAAUUACAUUUACAUUUUAUAAUGACAUGAUGAAUUUUUAAGGUCUACUUUAAUGGAGACUGGCAAAGGGUUAUGUGUUACAUGCUCAUAAAUUUCAGGAUGUCUAACUGAAGUAUCUCAAAUGUGAGGUUUAGAUGAUUAAGUGAUAAAUUUUGGGGGUCUGGAUGUAAUUUAAUCCUAUUUUUUUAACACGAGACAAUUUCAGAAAUGUGAAAAAGAUAACCAGUUUUAG